CAGGAGUAUUCUGUCUUCAAUCAUUCAUGUUACAAGGCUCAGAAGAAAUGGAUUGUCGUCAUUAUGAGUUCUCAUUACUUCAACGAUUUCGACUGCUGCAGCUCGGAGAGUUAUUUCUUGAGAUUCAAAUAUGUUUUAUGACUUAUAAAGAAGAACUGGGAUCGACGAAUGCCGAUGGAGACAUCUAAAUAAUCAAUAGUGAAGAAGGACCAGCUUGACCUGAGCUUAGUGAACUAUGUGAACGUUCUCGAAGGGAUUCCAUAUAAACGGGUUGUCAUAGUUCAGGUGUGUAAUUUCAGGGUACAUCAUUCCAAACAGGACCAUUUCAGUACUAAGACACAGGCUUGGUAAGACACAGUUCACUUGUUGGAAGACACAUUUUAGUCUUGGGAAGACACAUCCCAGUCUUGGAGAGACACAAUUCACAAGUGGUAAGACACAUUUCAGACUUGGGAAGACACAUCCCAGUCUUGGAGAGACACAAUUCACUUGUGGGAAGACACAUUUUAGUCUUGGGAAGACACAUCCCAGUCUUGGAGAGACACAAUUCACUUGUGGGAAGACACAUUUUAGUCUUGGGAAGACACAUCCCAGUCUUGGAGAGACACAAUUCACUUGUGGUAAGACACAUUUCAGACUUGGGAAGACACAUCCCAGUCUUGGAGAGACACAAUUCACAAGUGGGAAGACACAUUUCAGUCUUGGGAAGACACAUUUCAGUCUUGGGAAGACAUAUUUCUGACGAGGAUACAUUGCAGUCAAACAAACAAUACUUCAGCAAACUUGAAGAAGAUCCUCAUAACUAAUGUCCAUUGAAGAUUUACAGAAGAGUGUAUUUGUGUACAGCACCCUGACGCUAAUCAAGAGUAUAUUGAUAACCGAAUCUUGUCUGUGUGGACAGUAAACCACGCCACAUUGCGUUGCAAUAUUUCAACGUUAAACAUGCUGCCCAUCGUCUGAAUGAAUAUGUAAAUCAAUUUAACGUGAAAACACCAAAGGAACCCUCUGAAUCAGGGGAUUCAGAUACAGACUUGCAACAUCAACAGAAGUUAUGAUAGUGUGCCAGGAUGGGGAUGGAGGUACUUAUAUUCGCGUGCAUAUUUCCAGCCGUGUACCCCCUGCAUGUAGCAAUACCUCUUCCUAUUUCACCUGACAGUGGUUCGUUCCCCUCCUUGGAACUAGCCAAUGCCACAGUCCAAGUUGCUCUAGAGAAGACCGGAGCUGUCCAUGUGAAUGUCAGCUGGUUAGAUACCAAGGAGGAUGAAGAAACUGCCCUUGGUGUUUGUGUGGACUUAGUGAAGAGCAACAGUGUUGACGUCUUUAUUGGUCCUCCUUCAACGAGUACUAUGAAGAUGGUUGGCUAUGUCGCAUCCUACUGGAACAUCUCCAUGGUAACGUGGACGCCGAUGAAGAACCAUUCAAUGCCAGACAACAAUCGUUUGAAUUUCGACAGUUUGUAUGGCACGUAUGAAGGCUUGCUCGAAUCUGUGGCUACGGUUCUCUUAGAGUUCGACUGGAAACACAUAGGUUAUAUUGGACACACGUGUAGCACAUGCACUGCCUUUUUAACAGCCGCGAAAGCUGUCUUCCCGAAGCACGGUAUAGAAAUCAGUUAUUCGGCUUCCAUAGCUUGUCAUGAAGAUUAUAUUGAAGAUAAACUUAAAGUUCUUAAGUCAAAAGCUUCAGUCAUCCUAAGCUGCAUACAUCUCCACCAUCACGAUCGGUUUCUGGACGCGGCACACAAUGCGGGCAUGGCAUCAGGAAAUCAUGUGUUCUUGAAUUGGUGUUCAGAUCCCCAUGCACGUGUUCCAUAUGGAAAUGUUCCUGAGCAAAAAUAUUCCAGCUGUUUGCUGCAACUGGUCAAUUACGAUGCAAAUGAUACAAAGUACAGAGAGUUCUUCCAUCAAGUCUUUGAGAAGGUGACCAGUCGAUACAAAAGAUGGCCAUCACAUUCAUCACACUCUUCAAAGGGAAUACUACAUUACCUGCCGUUUCUUCACGACGCAGUUAUUUUCGCGGUCGAUGGAUCUUCGUCUGGAGGCAAUUUUACUGAUUCACGGCUUCUGACAGGACCUAUAGACAGUGUCAAUGGUAUCCGCUCUCCACGACUGUCUGUGUUCCAUUUCCAACACAACGAAACAAUGGAAGUGUUUACGGUACAUGGGGGUUCCGGUCUGCAGAAACUGGAACACCUUGACUGGCCCUGGGGCAGACUUCCGGAUGACCAAACACCGUGUACCGGACCCGCAUGUAAAGAUGAUGGCCAUGCUGCAGUUGUAGCCGGUGCAGUCAUUGGUGCUCUUCUUGGUGCAGCCUUAAUUGUGACUGGUUCGUUUCUAUUCAGGAAGUCUUUGAUGAAGCGAAAGGCAAGCAAAGUAUGGAAGGUUAACACCCAUGAUGUCAAGAUGAGAAGAACCAGAGUUAACCCUGCAAAUGUCGAAGCCAAUCCCAGACGCAAACUUAUGAGAAUGGAGACUCGAGGCACUCUUGGUUUAGGAUCCAUUACAAGCCUAGACAGGAAUAUGUUGUUUGCGCCCAUCGGAAACUACAAGGGCUGUGUUGUGGCUGUGAAGAAAAUACGACAAGCUCAGGUCAAACUGACCUCAGAAAUGACCCAGAAUUUCAACCUGGUAAAGGAACUCCAGCACGACAAUCUGAACCAGUUUAUAGGCGCCAACUUGGACCCAAAUAAUAGCUAUUUUCUUUACAAGUACUGCAAUAAAGGAAGCUUACAGGACGUCCUUGAGAACGACGACAUCAGCUUGGAUUGGAUGUUCAAGAUGUCAUUUGCAAUAGAUCUAUCUAAGGGAAUGGAAUAUCUCCACAAGAGUCCCCUAAAGUCCCACGGAAACCUCAAGUCUAGCAACUGUGUCAUUGACAGUCGGUGGGUGUUGAAGAUCACGGACUUUGGUGCUGUCACUCCACAACCAAAGGAACCCGAUGACGACAUGGGGGAACACGAGUUUUACAACAAACUGUUGUGGACGGCCCCAGAACUACUACGCCUAGACAAACGCCCUUCACGAGGAACACAGAAGGGGGAUGUCUACAGUUUUGCCAUCAUCUUCCAGGAGAUUCAUCAACGCUGCGGCCCGUACUAUUACAACGACACUUCACCCAAAGAGAUUUGUAGUAAAAGAAGGGGGCACCGAGUCACUGAGCCAUACCGCCCAAAUUUCCACGAAGACUCGGAGAUCCCAGAAAAGGGCAUCAUGUUGAUGACGUCAUGCUGGUCAGAAGUGCCUGACCUCCGCCCGGACUUCCAUACAGUCAGGAAGAGGCUUAUCGACAUCAAUGGCGGAAAGAAGACGAACAUCCUGGACAACAUGCUGAAGAUGCUGGAGGCUUACAGCAACAAUCUGGAACAGUUGGUGGCGGAUCGGACAGAAGAGCUGGCUCUGGAGAAACAGAAGACGGAGAGACUGCUAUACACGAUGCUGCCUCCGUCUGUCGCCAACCAGCUGAGGAUGGGGCAACCUGUGAUACCGGAAACAUUUGAAGAAGUCUCCAUAUUUUUCUCUGACAUUGUAGGAUUCACUAAAAUUGCAAGUCUUAGCGAACCUUUGGAGGUCGUGGAUUUACUGAAUGACCUGUAUACCACAUUCGAUGGAAUUAUUUCCAAACACGAUGUCUAUAAAGUUGAAACUAUUGGCGACGCUUACAUGUGUGCAAGCGGGAUUCCAAAACGAAAUGGUAAAAAACAUUCGGGCGAGAUAGCCAUCAUGGCUCUAGACCUCAUCAGCGCAGUCACUAGCUUCCGGCUCCGCCACAUACCGGAAGAGAAGUUGCAGCUGCGCGCAGGCCUACAUACGGGUUCCUGCGCAGCUGGGGUUGUUGGGCUGACCAUGCCGAGGUACUGUCUGUUUGGCGACACUGUCAACAUGGCGUCAAGGAUGGAAUCCACUGGAAAAGCUUUGCACAUACACACAAGUGCACACUACAACAUGGCACUCCAGGACCUGAGGCAAGGUUUCAUCACAGUUGAACGAGGGUUGACAUCAAUCAAGGGCAAAGGGAACCAGAGAACAUUCUGGCUGGUUGGGAAGACAGACUACAAGAGGCCCUUGCCUGACUGCAUGAUCAAGCUCCAGAAGUCCUACGAAGAGGAGUGUGACUCUCGAGCACCAUCGCCAUCAGGAAACCCCCUCGGCCACGGCAUGUUCGACUCCAUGUACAGCGCCGUCCUCAGAAAGACAUCAAUCUCUAUGUCGAACUUCUCCGACACGUCAGAUAUAGGAAGUGACAUCGCGACGGAUGCCCAGUCACAGGAGGGGGUAUUCACGGAUCAUUUGACACUCCCGGACAGACCAGUAAUGGAAAACAAAAAGCAGCCCUUCCAGGAUCGUGACCUCGAUUUGAACCGCAUGAAGUUACCACCUUUGGACAACGUUGACAAGCUACUGAAGUCCGACAUAAGUGAGACCGAUGACGAUAGAAGUCAGUUUCAGCCCAAUGCCAGUGGACAUAAAGGUUGCUUUUCUUGACUCAGUAGGGAGCGGGAAUAUUCCAAGAAUUGAAAUAUCGUAACCUGACCAUCAUUUCAAACUGCUGAACGCAUCUGAAAGCCCAAACCUCGCUGUCAGCCAUUAUGUUUUACAGCAUUCAUUUUACAACAGAUAUUCGUGUGUUUAGUUUUCACAAACUCCGAUUGGACUAUCUGUGGCAUUUCUAAGUAAACUACCGGACAAACUAGUGUAUACACCCACGUUAUAUUGUGGCCUAAAAUGAAAUGAAUAAGAAGUGAUUAUUCUAUACAGAUGUAUUGGCUCCAGGCAUUAGAGAUGUGUUUUUAAACCUAAAUCUGAGUUUCAGCAACUGCAUCCUGUCUAUUCAUGUUUUGGUCUAAUUGUUUGGUCUAAUUCAAGUCUAAUUGUUUUGUAAAAUACAUUUUCCAAAGAUAUGCUUACCUUUGCUCGGCAGUUUAUAAGUAACUAUAUUUAAUACCUUACAAGGUUUUGGUAACAGUUUGAAUUGAGUUUUAACAACGAUGAAAGACUAACUGAAACAACAAUCUCAAAGUCAAGUUCAUUGCUUUACUAAGUUUUUAUUGUUUGUUUGUAUGUUUGUAUUAUUAUGCAUUUUAAUGUUUUAUCAUAUACAUAUAACCACCUGUCCACUAUUAGUAUAGUGACGACCGCCUCUGUGACUGAAAUGAAUGUGGAACCUCAGUUUGCCGUAUGUUCAGAAAACUUAGACGCCAAGUGAGAAUUGUGCAAUUGAGAGCGAACACAAACGUCUUGUACAUGAUGUGUCAAAUUUAAACUUUGUAAGAUUUCUUAAUUACCCGUACAAACCCCAUAUCCACCCAAAACGAAAGCCAAAACAAAA